CUGAAUGUAGGUGACACGGCCAAGCAAGUUGGAGCCAUGCGCACAGGACCAGGAUACCCUGUCCGCUGCGGAGUGUUCCUUUCGUUUCUCUCAGCGGUUUCCAGUCGUGGAAACCCGGAGUGUUGGUCAAACGGCUUCAACUAUGACAUGUGCUGCGAUCUUGGGACCUAUGGUCCAGCUGGCAAUGUUAACUGCUGGGACACAGUCUUUACCCAUGAAUAUUGCUGUACUGUCAAGACAGAAAUUGGCAAUUUCAUGCCAUCAGACCAUAGCUAUAAGACGGGACUGAUUGGCCGAGAAAGUGCAGUGACUCGUGAUCGCCAAAAAACCCUAGAAGCUGAGAAAAUCGGCAAGACCUCUGCAUGUCAAGUUCAGUGGGGUUGGGCGUUGAACGUCCAAUGGGGCGCACCCAUGGGCCAGUAUCCUGAAUGCUCUGGCGUGCCACUGCGUCACAUGGGUAGUGGAUGGGAUGGGCAGAACAGAGGCGAUUACAGAGGCUGUAUGCAUACCGGAGGUCGUUUUUUCUUGACUCAGCUCGACUUUCACUCUGAACCUUCAAAUUCAAAGGAUUACCGGAUGUAUUUUGGAUUCUGUGCACCUGGACUUUGCUCAGUAGAACAAGUCGCAAAUGAAUUGGUGCCUGACUAUGUGAUACAGGUUGCAGAUUCUCGACGUUUGAUGAUGACAAUGGGAAGUGUUGAGCUUUGGGAAUGGCCACAUUUUUUGGACACUGUCUAUGCGAGUGCCUCGCAAGACAAAACACUGCGUCAACAAAUUGAUGAGGUGUCCUUCCAAGUACAGGUGUCCUUCGUAUCCAUUGCAUGUUUGGUUAUUGUUGCCACUCUUUGCGACCCAAACAACCAUGAGCAUCAAAGCCAUGUUUGCAACGGAAAACAGGACAUGCAGCAUGUCCGAUCUGCUGGAAUCUUGAACCAACUGGCUACUUUCAUGCAGCACUUCGUCCACGCUUUCUCUGCAAAAAGUGCUUGGAAAGAAUUGUGGUCCCCAUCACGUGGCAAUGCCAUUGACUUUCUGCGAGGCAUUGCAACGCUGCUCCUGGUUUCUCUUCACCUAGAGAUGGCUCAAAAUGAAACCAUGGAGGGCGCCCUAGAGGGCGGAAACCAGUUUCGAAUCUCCCUUUGCUUUCGAUGCGUGAUCAUCAUGACUGUUCUCACACUUCACCUUGCCUUGGGAAGUGAAAAUCAUGAGGGAGAGAAAGUUGGCUCACCUUCUCUGCUAAAAGUCUUUAAAAGUUGUAGCCUUAAAUUGGCCAGAAAGUUUUUAAGGCAUCUUCCCUUGAUCAUGCUCUCAGUAUGGUGGGACAGAAGGGGAAGCCGGUUUGCUUUUCUGAAUCAACCGCUCAACUACAUCGAUGGCACCCAAAGCACAGUUGAAGGCCCUGUAUUGCAAUGGACCCAGCAGGGUGGUGAGUGUAUGAAGUCUUACUGGACGUGUGUUUUGCGCUUCUUCACUAUCAACUGGCAAGUGAGGGAUGCUAACGAACGUGUUUUGGCGUGUUUCGGCCUAUUUUUUCUGCGAGCAGCAGGGCUUGCACGUGUCACACAUGGGAUUUUAUACAUCUGGGCAGUCCUGUAUUAUGCCAUCAGAGAAUCGGGACCGGAGAGUCGGUUGGAGUGGGAAAAGCUGCAUCAUGACUGGAAUUACUACUUGACCAAAAGGCUCGAGAUCCCUGCUUUCCUUGGUCUUUUCUUAGCCGCUCAAAACAUGGCUGCGGCAGCUGCACUUCCAAAGAGAUUCACAAAGAGGGCAGGCCUAGCUGUAGCAACAGCCAGUUGGUUUUGGUCGUCUUGGAUUAAUCAAAACGAUCCCGCUCAAUGGUGUCUAGCGCGGAAUGUGAAGAAAAGCUUGGGAGAUGUGCCUUUCAUCUUAGGACUUUGUAUUCUUCUUCGGACCGGUCUACCAGGCACACAGUCGAUCGAGACGGAGUCGAAUGAUGGCAAUUCAAGCAACCAAGGCAUGAUCACGGCACUUUUCAGGACGAUGACCUUGAUUUCCCGCCUGAGCUUUUGCAUUUUGGUGGCUGAAGCACCUUUACAAAGCUUUUUGCUCCGGGGGAUCUCUGAAAGUGGUGUUCCUCUAACCCGAAGCCUUCGCAUUGAUCCCAUGUGGGAGCGAAUAAUUCUGGGCCCAGGACUUCUAUUGUCACAUGUCUUUUUGGCCCUAUUGCUGUUCAUGAUGGUGCAAAGGCCCGUGGAAGUGUUCUUGAAACCUCUAUUGAAGACGCCAUUGGUGGAAAGCCUUUUGCAUGGCCUUCUACCACUCUAUGUGGCGUUUCUGGCAUAUCACUCCACCGAGUUGUGAAAAGAGCAACCGGCCACGCACUGUGUACUCAAACACUAUUUAAUGUAUAUUUAAUGUUAAUGUUUUUUUGCUUAUUGAGAUUUGUAUAUUGAGUACAGCUAGACAAUUGUGUUUGAGCAGGGGCCACCAAGGCUGAAGUGUAAAAGGAGUAGGGCGAUAGGGAUCAGACAUGCAUG